UGCACUGUCAGCACUUAGUCGGUCCAAGUUCGUUGAUCAUUAAUUAAGUCGGUACGAAGUUUUGUGGGUGGAUUUUAAGGAAUAGCUGCCUUCUUCGCGUUCGUGUCGCCUGUAGGUUCCGUCUACUGUUAGGUACUCGUGCUCAUUAAAAUUUAGUACUAGAGUGCAGAAAUCAUGUGUACCACAUAGCAGGUUCCGUGGAGUUACAUUUAACAGUCGAGUGUUCUCCUUCGCCAACUAGGCCAAAGACGUAGAACUCGCUGCCGUUCUGAGCAGCACUCCGCCGAUAGAAAGUUCACCCUGGGUAGUGUCCAGCGAGGUGUAAACGUUAUGUGUAAAGUGCCGGGUCUACCGUUGUAUCUGAUCCAUUCCUACAAGAAGCGCCGCAUCAAGAUCGGUAAUAGUAGAAACAAUAGCAGCCUUGGUGGCGGCCUAAGUAAAAGACACAACAGUUGCAGUAUUCAAUUACUGCAGUGCCGCAUCGAGUGCAUCAAGAGUCAGAUUUGAGCGAAAGGAGGGCGGCGGUCUAGCAGAGAGCAACUAAAAAAUUCAUCCGUAAGGAACAAUGCAAAGCUUACGCAAUACGUUCAACGCCAUCAAAGUCAGCUUCCUCGAGAGCAGUACGAUCUGGAAGCACCCGCAGCGAAACCAUCGAACUGCGCGGCAUUCGGCAUCGAAGCGGUACAGGACGAACGGUCAGCUUCAGCGUCCCGAGUGCGACGAUACCAACGAAGAGGACGACUACGGCAACAUGGUAGCCGGAGCGGUGAGAAACUUUCAUCACGAGCAGCGCAAUGAUCCGCUGGUGCGGGAAAUGCGCCGAGUGCGUGAGAUCAACGCUCAACGCUACAAGGAGGACUACUCGCACGUAUUCCGGUCUAAAACCCGGUGGGACUUCAUUCGGCUCUCGUUCGUUAUCAUGGGCAUAGAGUUUGUUUAUUCGGCAGAAACAGCCUUCGUUUCGCCAAUUCUUCUGGGAAUUGGUGUUGAACAUCAGCUGAUGACUCUGGUGUGGGCUAUUUCUCCACUGGUGGGAUUCUUUCUGGCCCCUAUUCUAGGCACCGUCAGUGACCGCUGUCAGAGCAAGCUUGGUCGAAGGAGGCCCGUCCUGCUGUGGCUAUCCCUUAGUUUGAUUAUCGGCUGUAUUCUUGUGCCAUACGGUGAAAACAUUGGCAAGUGGUUUGGCGAUCUGGGAGAAAUCUUUCCCGAGACAUCCCCUGGGAACGUUACAGAAGUAUUGAACUCUAACUUGACAGCAUUCCUACCGUAUGAGUUUUACCGCAUCGAACAAGAAGUUACGGAGCACGAGAUGAACUACAAAUGGGCCAUAUUUUUCACCAUUUUGGGUACAUUGCUGAUGGACUUUAGUGCGGAUACGUCUCAAACACCGGCCCGGGCUUACUUGCUAGAUGUUUGUUUACCAGAGGAUCACGGUCGUGCGUGUAGUACCUUUUCGAUCAUGGCCGGAAUUGGUGGCAGUCUCGGGUACGCCCUUGGCGGCUUUAACUGGGAUGAUACCAGCUUCGGAGAGUUCCUCGGUGGAAGCAUCAAAACCGUGUUUACCAUUGUCACGCUUCUGUUCUUGGUCGGUUUGACGUUAACCGUGACUAGCUUUCGGGAGAUUCCGUUGCCCGUGAUGGAGAAGGAUGACCUGCUGAAGCCGUUAACGGAGUCCACGAUUAAAAAAGAGCGCGCGCGGCUAAACGAUAAGAUCUUCUUCAUCAAGGAUGUUAGUCGGACAUUCGCGAUGCAGCUACAAACGAUCGACGGAAAGCAGGUCGAACAACCACCACCGCAAUUGAUUACCAACGCACUGACCGAAAUAGAAAAAGGACCCACCGAUAGCGAUUCGGAUUUGGAAGACGAGGACACAACCAUGAGUUUAAAAGAUUUUUUGAAGAGUAUUUUCUUCAUGCCAAAGUCGAUAGCGAUCCUUUGUCUCACAAAUUUGCUCUGUUGGAUGGGACAUUUGAGCUUCUGCUUGUACUACACAGAUUUUGUCGGCGAGGAGGUAUUCCGAGGUAACCCGGCGGCCCCUUCCAAGUCGGAAGAUUACCAACUGUACCUAGAAGGUGUCCGAUACGGCUGCUAUGGACUGGCGAUCUACUCGCUGGCUUGUUCCUGUUAUUCAUUCACGAUCGAAAAGCUUAUAAAGAUUCUGCGGGCCCGAAUUGUCUACAGCGGGGGACUACUUAUCGAUGCAACUGGAAUGAUUCUGAUGGCUGUAUUUCCUAAUAGGAUAACUGUGUACGUGUUCAGUGCCACCGGAGGAAUUGUCUAUGCACUGCUAUUCACCAUGCCUUUUCUACUGUUGGGGCAAUAUCAUGCAAAGGGACAGUUCAAAACCAGCAAAUCGGACCUACCAGAAAAACCAGAACGAAAACGGGGUCUCGCUACCGAUAUAGCCGUUGUCGGUGGAAUGAUCUUCGUGGCGCAAAUCAUCGUAUCGCUGGGAAUCGGGUCGUUCAUCUCGUGGCUCGGUUCGACGACUGCUGUCAUCUAUGCAGCGGGAGUGUGCAGCUUCCUGGCCGCCAUUUCCGCGACGCAAGUCGUCUACAUGGAUUUGUAGAGAUCGUAGAAAUUCAAGGUUGAAACAAUCACACCACCUGCAGUGGACUUCAGACUAUACGAAAACUAUUUUAUUGCUAUUAUUAUUAUUAUUAUGAAAUAGUUAUUCUAUAUAAACAAUAACUUUGCUAAAGGUAUAUUGUGAUACGAUAUUUAAAUUAGUUUAAGUUAAAGGUCACCUAGAUAAGUAAAAUAAUGGAAUGUUCUAAGAUUCAA